AUGGAUCGUGGUCAAUGUGGAAUAUUCAAUGUUGCCCCAUUCUUGGAAUGUGCUUCUCAAGGAAAAGACAAUUCCGAGUGUUGUCGACAUCGUGGAAUCGUUCAGAAGACUGGCCCCCAAUGUGAACAAUUCUGUCGCCCCACUCAAGGAUUAUCAGCUCUCGGAGUUCAACAUAUCGUUUGUGGAAAUGCAGUUGGUGACAUGCUCCAUUGCCAUCAUUCUGGUGUUCGCAUUUAA